CCCCAUGUAGGCAGUUAUUCCGCUGGGAUAGCGCGGCCGGAGCGCGGCGGCGGCGGCGGCAUGGCCGGGGUCCCGAUCUGCGCCCUCCUCCCGCUCCUCGUCGGCGUUUGCGGCGCCGUCACCGGCUCUCGGGUCUAUCCCGCCAACGAAGUUACCUUGCUGGAUUCCAGAUCAGUUCAGGGAGAACUGGGGUGGAUAGCAAGUCCCCUGGAAGGAGGGUGGGAGGAAGUGAGCAUCAUGGAUGAGAAGAACACUCCUAUCCGCACCUAUCAAGUCUGCAACGUGAUGGAGCCCAGCCAGAAUAACUGGUUACGAACUGAUUGGAUUCCCCGAGAGGGGGCUCAGAGGGUUUAUAUUGAAAUCAAGUUCACGCUCAGAGACUGCAACAGCCUGCCAGGUGUCAUGGGAACUUGCAAAGAGACUUUCAACCUUUAUUACUACGAAUCAAACAACGACAAAGAGCGCUUUAUUCGCGAGAGCCAGUUUGCCAAGAUCGACACCAUUGCUGCUGAUGAGAGCUUCACCCAGGUGGACAUUGGUGACAGGAUCAUGAAGCUGAAUACGGAGAUCCGGGAUGUGGGGCCACUCAGCAAGAAGGGGUUUUAUUUGGCUUUCCAGGACGUCGGUGCCUGCAUUGCUUUGGUCUCUGUCCGUGUGUUCUACAAGAAGUGCCCGCUGACCGUUCGGAACCUGGCGCAGUUUCCAGACACCAUUACUGGGGCUGACACCUCCUCUCUGGUGGAGGUUCGUGGCUCCUGUGUCAACAACUCGGAAGAGAAGGAUGUGCCAAAAAUGUACUGUGGGGCAGAUGGCGAAUGGCUGGUGCCCAUUGGCAACUGCUUGUGCAAUGCUGGCUAUGAGGAGCGCAACGGAGAAUGCCAAGCUUGCAAAAUCGGAUACUACAAGGCUCUCUCGACAGACGCUGCCUGUGCCAAGUGCCCGCCCCACAGCUACUCCAUCUGGGAAGGCUCCAUGUCCUGCACCUGCGACCGCGGCUUCUUCCGAGCCGAGAACGACGCUGCCUCCAUGCCCUGCACUCGCCCUCCAUCUGCUCCCCAGCACCUGAUUUCCAAUGUCAACGAGACCUCAGUGAACCUGGAAUGGAGCCCCCCCCAGAACAAGGGUGGCCGGGAGGACAUCUCCUACAACGUGGUGUGCAAGCGGUGCGGGGCGGGCGAGCCCAGCCGCUGCCGCUCCUGUGGCAGUGGGGUGCACUUCAGCCCCCAGCAGAACGGCCUGAAAACCACCAAAGUCUCCAUCACCGACCUCCUGGCACACACCAACUACACCUUUGAAGUCUGGGCAGUGAAUGGAGUGUCCAAGCAAAACCCCAGCCAGGACCAGGCUGUGUCAGUCACUGUGACCACUAACCAAGCAGCUCCGUCCCCGAUUGCGUUGAUCCAGGCUAAGGAGAUAACAAGGCACAGUGUUGCCUUGGCUUGGCUGGAACCUGACAGGCCAAAUGGAGUCAUCCUGGAGUAUGAGGUCAAAUACUAUGAAAAGGACCAGAACGAGCGCAGCUAUCGCAUCGUGAAAACGGCCUCCAGGAACACCGACAUCAAAGGGCUCAACCCCCUGACCUCCUACGUGUUCCACGUGCGGGCCAGGACAGCAGCAGGCUACGGAGACUUCAGUGGGCCCUUUGAGUUCACCACCAACACAGUUCCUUCCCCCAUCAUUGGCGAUGGUACCAAUCCCACAGUGCUUCUUGUUUCUGUGGCUGGCAGUGUUGUUCUUGUGGUCAUUCUCAUUGCAGCCUUUGUCAUCAGCAGGAGGCGCAGUAAGUACAGCAAGGCCAAGCAAGAGGCAGAUGAGGAGAAACACCUGAACCAAGGUGUUAGAACAUAUGUGGAUCCUUUUACAUAUGAGGAUCCAAACCAAGCUGUGAGGGAAUUUGCCAAAGAAAUUGAUGCCUCCUGCAUAAAGAUUGAAAAAGUUAUUGGUGUGGGGGAGUUUGGUGAAGUGUGCAGUGGACGUCUCAAAGUGCCAGGAAAAAGAGAGAUCUGUGUUGCUAUCAAGACUCUAAAAGCUGGUUACACUGAUAAACAAAGGAGAGACUUUCUGAGUGAGGCCAGUAUCAUGGGACAAUUUGACCACCCCAAUAUCAUCCACUUGGAAGGUGUAGUUACUAAAUGUAAACCAGUAAUGAUCAUAACUGAGUACAUGGAGAAUGGCUCCUUGGAUGCCUUCCUCAGGAAGAAUGAUGGCAGAUUCACAGUCAUCCAGUUGGUGGGGAUGCUCCGUGGCAUUGGCUCAGGGAUGAAGUACCUGUCUGACAUGAGCUACGUGCACCGGGACCUCGCUGCUCGCAACAUCCUGGUCAACAGCAACCUGGUCUGCAAGGUGUCUGACUUUGGCAUGUCCCGGGUGCUGGAGGAUGAUCCUGAGGCAGCUUACACCACACGGGGGGGCAAGAUCCCCAUCAGGUGGACAGCACCGGAGGCCAUCGCCUACCGCAAGUUCACCUCGGCCAGCGACGUCUGGAGCUACGGCAUCGUCAUGUGGGAGGUGAUGUCCUACGGGGAGAGACCCUACUGGGACAUGUCCAACCAAGAUGUGAUCAAAGCCAUCGAGGAGGGGUACCGGCUGCCCCCGCCCAUGGACUGCCCCAUCGCCCUGCACCAGCUGAUGCUGGACUGCUGGCAGAAGGAGCGCAGCGACCGGCCCAAGUUCGGCCAGAUCGUCAACAUGCUGGACAAGCUCAUCCGCAACCCCAACAGCCUCAAGAGGACAGGCAGCGAGAGCUCCAGACCUAGCACAGCCCUGCUGGAUCCCAGCUCCCCUGAGUUCUCGGCGGUUGUUUCUGUCAGUGACUGGCUCCAAGCCAUGAAAAUGGAGCGAUACAAGGAUAACUUCACAGCUGCUGGCUAUACCACCCUAGAGGCUGUGGUGCAUAUGAACCAGGAGGACCUGGCCAGGAUCGGGAUCACGGCCCUGGCACACCAGAACAAGAUCCUGAGCAGCGUCCAAGCGAUGCGCACCCAAAUGCAACAGAUGCACGGCAGGAUGGUUCCCGUCUGAGCCAGCACUGAAUAAACUCAAAACUCUUGAAAUUAGUUUACCUCAUCCAUGCACUUUAAUUGAAGAACUGCACUUUUUUUACUUCGUCUCCUCGCCCGUGGAAAUCAAGAUCUGCAGCGUUGCUUGAUGUACAGAUUGCGGAAGCCGAGUGUGUGUGUUGGGAGGGGGCCUCCAGAAAUGACGAGCCGUCGUUUGAAACCAGACCUGGAACAAAUGGUUUCUUGGAACAUACUUCUCUGUUGAUCAAUGAUAUGUAAAAUACAUGUAUCUAUAUAAAUAUAAAGUCACAUUCAAGUUUUGAUGCUAUGUUUGCUGCCAGAUACUGUGCUUGAAAAACAACAGUACUUUCCUUCUCCCUGUGACCUGUAGGAUUACAACCGUAGUGUUUUAUUUGUGGGUGAAACCACCGUUGUGUAUCUUUCACUGGAAUGAAGAAUCUGCCCUAGGAUAUUCUUUGCAGACUGGAUGCAUCACUAACACCUUGCAAAAACCUCAGUGAGAAUAUCAUGUGGCUAAUCAGUGCCUGCCAAUUAGUGAUCUACCCGUUUAUGGGCUUGAGACGUGAAGUGACCCACCUUGUGGAUUAGUGGGCCAAACUGGACUUCUGGGGAGGUGCUUGGCUGUUGUGCCGUGCUGAAACCUGCCAUUGAAAGACUUUUGUGACCAUCUUGCCAGGAGUCAGCUGUGACAAUCGUGGCUGUGGAGUUUUCAGACUUCUUUUCUCUUUCAAGAAACUUACUCCCUUUGCCUCACGGAAGGGAAAUGGAUUUUGCUUUCACAGCCUCGUAGCCCAUCCUGUUCAUCACAUUGACCAUGGAGGAACACAGAGCAGACAUGAAGCCUUCUGGACCCACAGUUGCGUCUUCCAUAGCACUGAUUCUGGAAAACACAUGCUGAACAGUCAUCAGUCCCUGAAGAGAGUGUGACUUUUACUUUCUCUUUUUUUUUUCCUGGGCCACCCACUCCGUUGUUUUUCUCCACUGAGCGAUAACUAACUCGUUAAGACUCAGCACCCAGUUGUCACUUGAGGAAUGUACUGUGUCAAAGCCCUGCAGACUUCUGGAUUUUGUUUUUCCUCCUCUUCUGCUUUCUCUGCUUACCUUUGGUUUUAUUUAUAUAUUUUGUUGUUGUCUCCCUCAUUCCCCUGGCUGUCACCGCUGCAUCCCGGACCAAUGAAGGUGACAGAGCACUACACAUCUUACCAUGGACGCCAGGCCAGGUGCCACAGCAAAGAACCCAGUUCCUGUGAGCUGCCUGUGUACAUUGCUGAAGUGACAUUUUACACUAAAGGUGCCAUUGCAGUGAUAUAAAUAUAUUUUUUUCCUUGAAUGGAUAAUGGAUUAUUGUCUCCUCUGAAAGGUGCGUACGUGUGCUCGUGUGCGUGUGUCGGCGUGCAGGUCACCUCGUGUGUAGAACUGCCUGUGAACGUGCCCCAAACACCUCUGUCCUGUGAGACCAGGCUGAUAGCUCAUGUCUGAAAGGAUAGCGAGAACACACACGUUAAGAAAGUGUUGAAAUUUCUGUAUCUGUAAGUGUAUUUUUUAGCUGCCACACUAACGUUGUUGAGUAGUUCAGCAGCCUGAAACAGGGGCAAUUUCAAGUUAGUUUUGGAGUAAUGGAUGCAGGAUCUAAAGGGUGCUAAAGGUUCUUGUUAAGUGUUGUUUAUUUGUACUAGUGCCCUGCUCAUGACCAAGAAGGACCAGUUUCUCAGUGGCAAGGUGGUGGAGGCAACACCUGCAUCUCCAUCCACUGGAAAUCCUGAACUGAAUUCUUACGUAGCCUUUUUUAUCUGCAAAAAUAGGAUUUUAAAGACUUGUUGAAUGCUAGCAAAUAUAUGCAGUUCUUCCAUUCACAGAAGCACCUUGCUCUGUGUGCAACGUAAUAAUCAGAACACUUCCCUGGUUCCCAGCACAGAUAAGGAACAAAAAUGCAACAAGACCUGUAAAGUUAACAGUUAGCAAGAGUUGUGCAGUGUGUCCCGUUCCUUGUGCAGUUGAAGGGCAGUUGAAGAGCAGCAGAAGACACUCCAUGGCCCAGGGAGCAGUGCUGCAGCAUGCUGACCCUCCCUAGGAGAGCUGGCUGUGUUUGGAGAAUUCACCCUGUGUGCUGUGGGGCAGCUGGAGUGGAGCUGAGUGCCUGCCCCCAGGGACACAGGGCCACCAGCACCGGGCAGGGGACAGGUGGCCGUGCUGCCCCCGGGGGCCAGGGGCUCUCGGGCACACGUGGGGCAGUCUGGGCACACAGCCCUGCCCAGAGCUGUGGCCUGGUGCCCGAGGCUGCUGCUGCUCCCUUUUCCCCCCUCGCUGAGCCUCCAUGGUAAUUCCUGCUCUGGAGGAGGAGGAGCAGCAGGGCUGGCAGGGAGGCGAGGGCAGCUGGGCAUGGCAGGCACCAGGAUGUGCCAGCUGUGCCUGCCAGAGGUGGCCACCACAGAGAGGCUGGGCCACCACAGGCUGCUCCAGACACUGCUGCCCUCGGGGACAGGCCAUCACCAGCUUAUCCCCCACGAGGAGUGUGUUCAAUUGUCCUGCUCACACACCAAUGGUUGAUGUUUGUCCGGGUUUCUUGCUGUGCUCAUUUUGUGAUGGAUCUUAUGUAUUAAAAAUAUAUAUGUAUAAAAUACAAAAAAAAAAAAAAAAAGCUGGUAAGUAACCAGUAAACAGGACUUAAAAAGCAGUAUUUUUCUUUUAUGUGACAUUUUCAUAACCAGAAAAAAAAAAAUCUGAAAUACUAAUCAGACAAAUAAAAAGAGAGUGCAUUUAUUUUUUUGUAUCACUGCAAGUAUGUUGGAAUAUGCAAGGACUGUGUAAAUUAGAAUGUAUGAGGCAUAUUAUAAUUUAGUUCAUACUGAAAAAAUCUAACAGCAUUUCUUGGUUCGUGCAUUUGAACGAUCUCUGGGUUAGAUAUAUAGAUUUUUCUAUUUUGUUUUAAUUUGUAAUUUUUUUCUCCCUCCGUGAAUUUUAGGUACACAUAACUUAUGUCAUUUAUUUAUGGUCUUUUAUACCUAGUUUGUAAAAUUGUAAAAUAGCAAACAAUGCAAACAUUUGCAUUUGAAAAUAAUAAAGUAGUUGCUGUACAAACCUGAAA